UUUUAUAUUUAUCAAUAUUGUCUUUUAAUUCUUUAUCCUUAUGUUUGUGUAAACAAAUAGAUUUCAGAUUAAGUAAUAUCAUUGAAUCAACAGAUAUAAAACGGAUAAUAACGUUUGGCAUGUCCUUCUCAAAUUAAACAAAUGUCAGAAAUACCGUACACUUCCAAGUAUAGAAUUCCGGCUUUUCUUAAACCCCAAGUUAGAAUUAGCUUCGGACAAAAAAAUAGCUACUGUUACAAUCUAUUAUUUUAUUAUCAUUGGUUUAUUUUAAAUUUUAAACAUAUGAAAACUAUACAAGCUGGAUCAAAAGAGAAAAAUACUAUUCUGAAGCCCGAAUGCUGCAAAAACAAAGGAACUUGUAUUCUUGGAUCUUUCUGUGUCUGUAAAAAGAAUCACUUUGGUCGUCAUUGUGAGCACAAGAUAGAGUUCAAACCUUGUGGACAUAUUCUUCAUGGAUCGUGGAUUAAAGCCGACUGUAAUCUUUGUAAAUGUUUUGAUGGGAAGAUGUCGUGUAUACCACGGAUUUACGAUGGAUGUGAAUACGAAAAUGAAUUACUGGACAAUACGGCUACAACAAAAGACCCAUUAACGACAAAGGACAUACAAAUUCUUAGCAACGAUAGAGACUAUCAAGAUAUAAGAAACGUAGGAGAUUACAAUAUAGAAGAUUAUUACUAUGAAGAUGACCACAACUCGUCCAUCGUCGUCCAUUUUAGUUAUCUCCUAACUUGGAUUUCAGUCUUCGUCGCAACCUUCAUUUUCAAAUGAAAAGGAUGCUUGCAACGACCAUAUUGAUGAAACAAGAAACUACAGUACUUUUUCGUGAAGUACUAUGACAUACUACACAGAGGUCCAAGAAGCUCCUCGUGCGCUUUCUCGUGGAGUACUAUAACAUACUACACAGAGGACCAAGAAGCUCGGGUGCUUUCUCGUGAAGUACUAUAACAUACUACACAGAGGUCCAAGAAACUCGGAUGUAUUUUCGCGAAGAACUAUAACAUGCUACACAGAGGAUCAAGAAGCUCGGAUGCAUUUUCGCGAAGAACUAGUACAUGCUACACAGAGGACCAAGAAGCUCGGAUAGCUUGGAUGUUUUUUUGUUAAAGUACCAUAACGUUUUAUAAAGAGGGCCUAGAAGCUCACAUGCUUUCUCACUAUAGUAAUAACUAACGUACUAUACACAGAACCCAAAAGCUCGGGUGAUUUCUCGUGAAGUACUAAUACAUAGUACACAGAGAAUCCAGACGCUCUGACGCUCUCUCGUGACGAAUUGUGACAUACUAUAUAAAGGGCAUAGACGCUCGGAAACUAAUGCGUUUUCUUAUACUAGUAUAUAUGAUGUACAACUCUCAUACAUAAAACGAACAUUUCGCCUGAGCGAAAUCCAAUACAAAACUAGAAACUGUGUCUGAAAUCUGGUUGAUAAAGCUGUAAGUAGAAGCAGAAGUGGACUUGGAGACUGCAUUGUACAGAAAUGUAUAGAAAUAGAGUAAAAGUCACAUUUAGAAGGGAUUGAAACGCAUGUUGCGAUACAAAAAUUGUAUAAUAAUUGCUAUAAUUAUAUAUACUAGUAAUCGAAAAUUAGAACUUAAAUUAGACGCUUGUAGUUAGAAAAAAAAAUGUAAAUCGAAAGUAUACGUAUUGUCAAUAA